AUGGUUAGAAGGUGUAUAUCGGAAGCUGAGGUGCACCAAGUGUUAGGUAGUUUCCAUUCAUCACCAUACGACGGCCAUCAUAGAGGAAAGCUCACUAUGCACAAGGUACUUCAGUCUGGUUUCUUUUGGCCUACAUUGUUCAAAGAUGCUGUAGGGUAUGUAAAGAGUAGCAACCAGUAUCAACGAAUAGGCACGAUCUCAAGGAGAUAUGAAAUGCCAUUGACCAACAUUUUAGAGGUUGAAAUCUUUGAUGUAUGGGGAAUAGAUUUCAUGGGUACAUUUCCACCAUCUUGUGGGAGUCAAUACAUCUUGGUGGCAGUGGAUUAUGUAUCCAAAUGGGUUGAAGCAGUAGCCCUUCCUAAAAAUGACUCAAAGGUGGUGAGCAAGUUCCUAAAGAAGUAUAUUUUCACUCGUUUGGGAACUCUAAGGGCAAUUAUCAGUGAUGGAAGAUCAUAUUUUAUCAAUCAAAUAGUGAAGAACCUCUUGGCAAAAUUUAGGGUACGCUACAAGAUGGCUACAGCUUAUCAUCCACAAAUCAGUGGAUAG